UGAAUAGUCGGAGCUGCGGCGGCGCCCGCCAUAUUGUUAGCGGGAGAGGAGAGAAACGCAGUCACGGCAAUGAGUCGGUGGCUUUCCCUCUCUUCCCCACGCAUUAUGUCUCGAUUCUCCGCGUAGCUAAGCCUUUAGACAACAACAAAAAUAGUUUUUUUCUUUCGUUUGUUACACUCAUUCGUUAAAAAAGGGGAGUUUUAAAAAUAUCUAUUGUAGAAAAGAUGGCGGAGGAAGCGGCAGCCAAGGCGGACGCCUGCAAAGAGUACCAGUCGUCGCUCGAAGAUCUGACUUUCAACAGCAAACCUCACAUCAACAACCUGACCAUCCUGGCCGAAGAGAACCUGAAGUACUCGUCGGAAAUCGUCAAGUUAAUCGAAGCACAAAUAACCAAGGCUUCUACUUCAGAGAAACUCCCUAUAAUGUACCUCAUGGAUUCCAUUGUGAAGAAUGUUGGAGGAAGCUAUAUAUCGCUCUUUGCACAAAACAUAGUUUCUACAUUUGCUUGUGUUUUUGAAAAGGUGGAUGAGAGCACUAGAAAAAGUUUGUUUAAAUUACGUUCUACAUGGGAUGACAUGUUUCCACUGAAGAGACUUUAUGCCUUAGACGUGAAAGUCAACAAACUAGAUCCUGCCUGGCCUAUUAAGCCUUUACCGCCAAAUGUGAACAGUUCAAGCAUUCAUGUAAAUCCCAAGUUUUUAAACAGAUCGCUUGAAGAAUCUGCCACCUCAAGUCCCACAGUUGUUACUCCUGUUAGCUCAGCUAAACACAAUAUUGCUGAGUCGCAGAAAAACGUAAUACAGGAGCAGGAGCAGUUUAUAAGACAACAACUGUUAGCAAAGCAAAAGCAGUUACUUGAGUUGCAACAGAAGAAGUUAGAGCUGGAAUUAGAACAGACAAAGGCACAGCUGGUUGCUUCACUUGCCUCCCAGCAACCGGAUCCAGGAGUAAGCCUAGGACAUUCCAAACAACACGUACCAAUUACCAAGGUCUCUCCUAUGCUUUCAUCGGUGACUGCAAAGCCCACUCCAGCUCCGAUCAAACCUUUGCAGCAAACGUCAGCACAACCAGACAAAUCUCAGUCUAUGCAUGCCCAUGAUACUAAAGUAUCAAACCGAGACCCUCGCAUCAAUAGACUCAAUCAACAUUCAGCUCAGACAAAAGAUCCUGCUAAAAAGGACAGUCUAUUGCAAGCAGAGAAGUUUGAUAAACCAGCAAACAGAACAAAUAGCCCCACUGGUGAAAUUUCUGCUAAUUUAAAGAGUGAAAAUCAUACCAAUACAUCAAAACAAGAAAAGGAUAAGUCUUGUGAUAAAUCAUUAAAGAAAGUUUCAGAAGGGAAAUCUAAAUUGCUGUCACCAGUGAAAAAUAAAUUGUCAGUUAAAAGUGCCAAAAAGGCUGAUUCAGAAAAAGGAAAAUCUGAAAUAAACAGAAGAGAUCCAAGGCUGCGGAAAUCUUCUCAAGAUAAAUCUGAUAAUAAAUCAGAAAUAAAAGAAAAGCGAAGAAGUGCUGAGAAAAAAGUGGAGGAAGAUCACAAUAAGGGAACUGACCGUAAAUCUACACCAAGAAAUAAAACUGUCAAUGGAACCGUUUUGAAACAUGAAAAGGAUGGAAAAGAAAUUGAGAAAGAUGGAUCUAAAUCUGUAGGAUUAAAUUUUAGAUUACGUGCAAGAUCUUCCAGAUCACAAUCUCCAAGAUCCCGAUCACCAAUAUCACGUUUUGUCAGGCAAAGAGGGAGACUUUCGCCAAAGAGGAGACGCACAAGUGUUUCACCACUGUCCAAAACAGUACCAGAGAAAGAAAAGCCAGUGAAAAAACACGAUGAGAAACAGAAUGCUGAUAAUUGGGAACAAGAUCGAAAGAAAACUGGUAAAGCAGAAGCAAGAGAUACAAGGAGAUCAAAGAGAACAAGGGAGGAUAGAGUACAAGAUCCUCAGGGUACACGCCCUGAAACCAGAAACUCUCCUAGAAUGUCCCCUGAGCCAAAGGAGAAUGCAGAAAAUUGGCAUGAUCCUCCGUCCGUGAAACGGUGGAAGUCUGGGUGGGAAGAAGCUAAAAGCUUACAUCAGAAGCAAGAAACUUCUACACGUACAAAACUUACUUACCAACAGCAGAGAGAUGCACAUGCUGGAAAUAAAGGUGUUCUGUCACCUCGAACACCAAGGCAGCAAAGGAUGAGUGUUGAUGCAAACUUGCAAAUUCCAAAGGAGUUAACAUCUGCUAACAAGAGAGAUUUAUUGAGAAAAGCAAACCAACGACUGGCGAAUGGAGAAAUAGGUUACGAAGAAUUUCUUGUUGUUGCUCAUCAAAUCAACCAGUUGUUCCAGUAUCAAGAGGAAAAGAACCGGUCAAGUGACUCACAAUGGGGUGGGGGGAAAAAGUUAAAAGGAGAAACCUCAUCAGCCAGGUCACAAACUAAAAAUGCAAAAUUAUCUGAAGCCGAGAUGAGCUAUUAUGAGCACAUGGCUAAAUUAAAACGAACCAGGGUCCAAUUGGAACAGUUACAAGAUCCAGAACUUUGCUGGAAAAUAAAAGAGGAUCUUUAUAGGGAGAGCACAGGAGAUAUCAGGCUUAUUGUAAAGGAAGGUGAUGACCAGGGUAGCAGGUCUCCAAGCACGAGUAGCAAGCCACAUUUAGGAAGUGAAAGGCAUGAUACAAGAGAUGCCUCUCACGAAAAGAAAGUUGGUGAAAAAAGACUGUCAACUGAGGAUGCACGUGGCCAUCAUAGUGAAGGAAGGCAUUCUGACAGAAGAAAACUCAGUGAAGGCAAGUCCACGAGACUUUCUCCUGUUGGUGACAAGCCUGAUAAACAUGGUGAUCGUGUGUCUUCAGUACGAAAACAUCCAAGUCCUUCAGUAGAAGAAGAGAAAAAGCAAACUGACAAACAUGAUACCAUAAACUAUACAAGUGAAACAUUGCCUGUCAAAGAAGUUAAAAGUUCUGAAUUUCCUGAAGAUCAAGUAACAUCAGGUAAUAACUGGGUUGAGUCACGAACAGAGCUUCAGCGGCAAGGAUCAAAGCAUCAACUGCUGCUAGAAAGAGAGCUCCAAGAAUUUGGACCAAGAAACCGACCAGAUAUAAAAAGAGAAGAAACAAGAUCUCAGUGUGAUCAUUCAGAAGAAAGAUCUGCUUUUGAUCCGCCACCACAAAGAGGUGAUGGACUUGGUGAAAACUCAAGACUGAGAUCUGGUGGACUUGAAAUUUCUCAGAGACUUAGGGAACUAACAGAUGGACCAGGACAAAGCAAGCCUGGAAAUUUGGAAAGGCUCCGAACUGAUAAAUCUAUUGAACCAGAAGCGUGGGAGGCAGAAAGACCAUGGCUUCCUGGCCGUGAUGGAUCACCGAAAUGUGAUGGGCGCAUUGCUGGAUCUAGGAUGAGAUUGGACAAUCUCCCUGGACCGGGUGUUCUCCAGCGAAUUGAUGGUGCCCCUGAACUGUCCGGCUUGCGGGUUGAGGGUCAUGCAGGGCAGCCUGGUCAACGCUUUGAAGGUUCACAACCAGGACAAACAAUUUCAUGCUUUGAUAAUUCACAGCCCGGUGCUCGCUUUGAUGGCCCAAGCAGUCACUCAGGGGAUCCCAGGUUGUGGGUUGAAGGUCCAACUGGGCGCUCAGGUCAAUCCAACUUUGAUGGUCUAGGCAGACACUCAGGGCAACCUGGAGUACGUUUCGAUAACCCCGAUAGUCCUCUGGGACAAUCCAGGAUGCAUUUUGAUGUGUUGCCGUCUGGUGUGCGAAAUGAAGGUGCACGCACAUUGCAGCCUGGUAUGCGCUUUGACAACCCUGACGCUCGCUUAGGACAACUUGGGGUGCGCUUUGAUAGCCCACGCCCAGGCCAUCCCAGUAUGCGUUUUGACAACCCUGAUGUUCGUAUAGGACAACCUGGUGUGCGCUUUGAUAGUCCACGGCCAAACCUACUUGGUUUACGCUUUGAUGGGCCACGUUCUUUACAACCUGGUAUUCGCUUUGACAACCCUGACAGUCGCAUGGGCCAACCUGGCGUGCGUUUUGAUAGUCCACGAGCAGCACAGCCUGGUGUACGCUUUGAUGGCUCGGGUAUUCGUCCAGGACAGCCUGGUAUCCGCUUCGAUAAUGCACACCAGGGUCAGCCUGGACUGCGCUUUGAUGGUCCAGGCAAUCACCCCAGGCAGUCUGGGAUGCGCUUUGACAGUCCAGUUGGCCACCAGGUGCAGCAUGGUAUACGUUUUGAUGGUCCACACCCAAGACAUCCUGGUGUUCACUUUGAUGGCAAUCCUGGCUUUCGUUUUGGCGCUGCUGCUGGUCACUUUGAUGGUCACCUUGGACCUCAGUUUGACCGUGGUGCUGCACAACCUGAUCCAAGAAUCAAUGUUCCUGGUCACUUAUUUAAUGGACAUGCAAGUUCACAAUUCCAGGGAACAGUAUUGACUGGACAACCUGGACUCAGAUUUAAUAUGGCUCCAGGGAUGCAUUACAAUGAAUCUCCAAGCCAUGGAGGAACAAUGUUGGGUAAUUCAACUUAUGGACUAUCAGGCCCUUGUUUUGAUGGUCGGACUCCAAUAUCUCAAGGAUUGCAAGGACACCGUAAUAUUGAGCCGUAUGAUCCAGCAAAUAGUAACUUUUAUAACAGAGGCCAUCCUACGUCUUUACCAGGGGAAAAUACACAUCAACUACCGUCUGUUAAUACCAUAACUAGUUUUCCCCACAACCAACCUUUUAGUCAAGUCCAACAACAGUAUGUCCCUUCACAUACAUCUGUUAUUCAGGUUCAACAAGGACUACCUUUUGCACCUCGGGAGAAUCAUUUGGGGCAGUUGGAUGUUAAUGAGCUGUUCGCAAAGCUACUCUCUACAGGAAUCCUGAAGGCAAAUCCAACAGAAACAAUCCAGACUCAAGGUGAAUCUCAGGCUCAACCUGCAGUUGAGGAGGAGGAAGAAGAAGAGGAGGAAGAAGACAAUGAAGAAAAUAUUCCGGACCUUACCAACUUUAAUAUUGAUGAGCUAAAGCAGAGAUAUGAUAGUGUUAUCAACAGAUUAUACACAGGUAUUCAGUGCUACUCCUGUGGAAUGAGGUUCACAGAAUCACAGACAGAUGUUUAUGCAGAUCAUUUGGACUGGCAUUAUCGUAUGAAUAGAAUGGAAAAAGACAUUACAAAAAAAGUGACUCACAGAAAGUGGUACUAUAGUUUAACGGAUUGGAUAGAAUUUGAGGAAAUUGCCGAUUUGGAAGAGCGCGCAAAGAGUCAGUUCUUUGAGAAGGUACAUGAAGAAGUUAUACAGAGAACGCAGGAAGCUGCAAAGGAAAAGGAAUUCCAGAGUGUACCUGCUGGGCCUGCUGGAGUACAGGAGAUUUGUGAGAUUUGCCAAGAGCCGUUUGAGCAAUAUUGGGAUGAAGAUGAAGAGGAGUGGCAUCUGAAAAAUGCAGUUCGUGUAGAAGGCAGGACUUAUCAUCCAGCCUGCUAUGAAGAUUACAAAAAUGCUUCAAUUACAGAUUCAACUCCAUCUCCAAGUGAAGCACCGAUAGAAAACCCAUUGCAUUCAAUUAUUGGCAUUGUUAAACAAGAAAAACUGGAUAGUUGCGAGACCUUGGAUUCCACCAUCAGCUGCAAAAAUGAGGAAAGUGAAGAUAGUUCUAUGUUGACAGAUAUAAAAACUGAAAUUGAAAGCGAUACUGCAGUGGUAAAACUAGAAAAAGUCUAGAUCUUCCCUUCAGAAAGAAAGCUGUGCAUUUUAUAUGCAUUAUAGAAUUUAGUGGAAAGAGAUGCAAGAUGAAUGGUUUGGAUUUGAUGUAUCCUUUUGGAUGAGGGCAACUAUCUUAAGAUGACACUGAAGCAGUGCUACCUCUUGCUACAUGAAAAAUUAUUGGGAAAUGUGCAAAGCGGCAAAAGUACGUGCUACCUUCGAGAAGCAUGUCAAAUUUAACCUUUCUCCUAUUUUAUAUUUUGAGGCAGGAGUCUCAGCAGAAGUUCCAUAUUGAAUACAUUUUGGUAUUUGAAUGUUCAACUGCAUGUGCAGUUCAGGUGUGUGAGUGCUGCAGAUGAGUGAAUGCCCUUGGAAAAAAUUAAAAUGCGACUUUUUUUGUAAGAAUGUUAUUUCUAAAUAAAAUAUUUUUGAAAUAUGUUUUGUGUGCAAUUGAUGCAAAGUGUUUAAGUUCAUUUAAAAAAAUAUUUAUGGUGCAAUGAGAAAGGGUACUUUGGUUUAGGAAACAUUUAUUAAAAAAUUGUAGGGACUGAACUAUUGAGACGAUAGUUAUUUGACAUAACAUUUAUUUUUUUGUUUUUUCCUGUGGAUUCCUGCAAAUUACAAAAGUUACGUUUAAUAAAUCUUCUUGCAGCUUUCGAUUUUAUACACCUGAAAAUGCAGUGUUGGAACCAUCAGCCGCUGAACUUUAAUGUAUUAAUAAACUAAAUAAACCACCUGGACACAGAA